AUGGAUCUGUACCCGGCACCCCUAUUGGUUAACAAGAGGAAAAAUCUGCCUGCGGUGAAGCUGGGCAACGACAGGCCGCAGAAGCCUUUGCUAAGCUUCGGCAGGAGUUCAUCAGCACGAGAAUCAACUCGAGCAUCGUCUAGUGAAUCAACUAUUUUAGCAUCGAACAAUCCUCUACAUACCGAAUGGUCGAACCUGGAUGUGGCAAAGGUCCGUCGAAGUAAUACUUCAAAAUCUCUCGGGCAUCCGAACAGGAAAGCAGCCUCCAAUGCAGCAUAUCCGGGAAAACAUACUAGACAAUUUUCUUCGACGAGCUCAACGUUCAAAUCGGAAGCCAACUCUCAAACCCACCGAGCAAACAGGACCGCGUCGCAGUCUCACACACAAGGGAGGAUGUCUCAGUUUUUUCAUGCCUUAGACAAGAAACUUAUCAAACCUUCGGCCCGUGGAAUUUCGAAACGAUUAUCGAGCAACGUACAGUCUACACAAGUUGAGGACACGAUGUAUUCUUCCUUGAAGCAUAAUUUCGUUCCUCCAUUGUCUAUUGUGAAUAUGGAUAUGCAUAUAGACGAAACUCUGAGCGAUUUCAAGAAAGAUGAAAUUUACGUCCAUGUCACCGUCACAGUCGAUGUGAAUCUGGACAGCGUGCGGUACAUACCAUACAGUUUGGCCAUCAGUGCUGUGAUCCUGUUGAAUAUGACAUCUGAUAGGGAGAUGCUCAGAGUAACUGCUAUGGCUCAGGAGAUUAUGGACAAAUUGGACGAAAGAGACUCCCUUGUCGUGGCAUGUGUGAAUUUCGAGCGAAUCGACUGCAUCGACGUACUUUUUUCGACAAAUGGAAUCCGUGGUUUUGACCUCGCGCGCCUGCUCUCAGACUGUACAUCAGCUGGAAAGCAGUUAAUCAAUGGGGCUCUCCGGGAUGACGAGCUACUAGGAGUUGCCGUUGAGAAUUCAUUCCAACUGUUUGAUGCGAGCAACUCUUUAGUACCUCAUGUCUUUCUGAUUUCAGCUAAUCGCGAUACUACAAUGAGCACUACUUACAAUCCCGCUGUGGGAUUGACAACCGUUACUCUCGAAGACCACUACGAUUUUGGUCCUACUCCGCGUCUUGGUUGGCAUAUUUAUCCAGAGAUGAAUCUCGAAAAAAGUUCUUCCUUGGGUUUUGAACAUAAGGCUGACAAAGCACUCUGCCACAUUCGUACUGGCUUUUCGUCGGGGAGUAUCACCGAUCUCCAUUUAAGGUUCUCACCCGCUGCUGGAUAUGAGACACAAAUUUGUGGAAGAACAUCUAUAGCUUCAUUACGUCCUGGGGAGACAUGGAAACUUCUAGUUCAUAUCAGCCACUACGAGGAACAGGGUUUUAAUAGCCUGGAGCGUGAGAUUAAGUCAAUGCUGCGUUAUGGUGAAUUCGCUGGCUUGAAUUGUGAUCGUGGCGGAGGUAUCCUUGAGGCAACGCUACGAUUCAACCACUCGCUACACCCGAGCUGCUCGUUGAAGAUGGUCAAGUCUUGCUCUAUUGUACGUGCAUAA